AAAGAUAAGGGGAAAAUGGAGAAAAAAUUAGAAAAAGACUUGGAAAAAAUGGAGAAAAAAAGGGAAAAAAUAAAAAAUGAAAAAAAAGAGACAAAGUCGGAGCCUUUUGGGGAGAAAAUUCCAGAAUUGGAAUUUCGGGAGCUCCCGAGGCCGGGAAGGUGAAAAAAAAGAGAAUUUUGGUGCCAAAUUUGGGGAUUUUUGCCCCCAAAAUGGGGCCUGGGAGGGGUAAAAAUGGGCGGGGCCAAGGAAAAGGGGCAGGGCUUGGGUUGGCCACGCCCAAAUGCCGCCUUCUAAUUUGCAUAAUUUGUUUUUCUUUUCCAUGUUUGGCCCCAAAAGGACCCCGGGACCAGGGGCCAAGGCAUGACCCAGGUGAGCAGGACAACUCGGACAACAACACGAUCUUCGUGCAGGGGCUGGGCGAGAACGUCACCAUCGAGUCGGUGGCCGACUACUUCAAACAGAUCGGCAUCAUCAAGGUGAGAGACACCGAAAUACACCCAAAAUACACCUAAAUACACCCGAAAUAC